AUGCCGGAUUCGAAGCCCAACGAUGCAAGAGUCAAUCUCCUGAAAGAGUUUUUCGAGGAUCUUUUGAAACCAGGAUAUGUCAACCAGCGGAUCGAAAGCCUGAAGAAGCUACACAAGAAGCAAAAGAAGGAUCCGGAGGAGCCCUUUCGCUACCGCUUCUUGGACGUGACGAGCUCCACGGUUUCUGAGGAGCAGGUGACAUCUGACUUCAAUUUCGAAGUUGUUGCGAGCUACUGCUCAUCGUUUGCGGGGAACCUCCCCACAAAGAAGGAGGAAGAUGCCGAAGCUGCCGAAGACGCCUGCGACGCGGAUGAGGGGGCCGAAGCAGCCGAGGAAGAGGCUCCGGAAGAAGAUGAAUGCUUGGGAGAUGAUGUCGAGAGUGAAGAAGAAAAAGAUAAAACGAGAGGAACCUUCAAGGACAUUUCGGCUUUGUGUUCAGUUCGCUUCCCACACUACUCGCAUCGUAUGGCAGUCUUAGAUACUGGUUGCAAGGACGAGAAAGCGAAACAGGAGGAGUAUCAGGAAGAGGCCUGCGAGAAGGCCGAGCAGGCCCCAGAGAGGAGCCCGGAGCCGCCAGAGCAAGGAGACAGACUUAGCCAGGUCAAUCGGAAGGGGGGUGCGAGCCUCGGCUGGAACAAGUUCGAGUCGCUGGCCCAAGCGCCUGGUGCUUGGCACAUUUCAUGCCCCGUUGGCUUGAUUCGAUGUGGGAUCGGGAUUCAGCUUCGGACCUAG